AGAUGUUGGAGAUGCUGAAGAAACUAUGGAAUUUGAAGCAGAAGAAGAUGAAAGUGAUGUGACUCCCAAUUCACAUGCCACACAUGCAGCAACUUCGACUUGUGAAUCACAUCCUCCAAAUAAGAAAAAGAAAAAGGAUCCACUAGCACAAGCAAUUGGUGAUGUGGCCAACACCUUGAAAGAGUUUGUGGCAGCUCAAGUCUCCCCACAACUCAAAGGAGAGGAUGUACAUGAAGUGGUUUCUAAAGUAGCAAACCUCAGCAAAUUGCAAGUCUUCAAAGCUGUACGCAUAUUGAUGAGUGGUAACCCCGAAGAAUUUUCUCUACUGAAGUCUCUUAAUGAUGCUGAAAAGAGUGAGUGGAUAAGAAUGCUCAUAUGGCAAUCUGAAGGGCGACCAAGAAAUUGAGGGUGGAGCAUGACAAUUUGGAGUUUCAUGGGAUGGAACUAUGGAGAUGAAAAAGUUAUUAUUAUUAUUGUUAUAUUUUUUUGAGAAUAUAAGAUGAAACACUUCGGAUGUGUAUA